AUAACAGCAGAAUAAUAAUAAUAAUAAUAAUAAUAAUAAUAAUAAUAAUAAUAAUAAUAAUAAUAAUAAACCACCUGCUAGUUUAUGACGACGGUUCCCUCCUACCUGAUAGAAUUCUUUAUCCGGAGUUGCAGCGCACUGGCCUCGCACCCCUGCAGCCCCGGGACCAGGGGGGGCAGGGGGAUCCCCGUAUGCCCCAGGGAGGGCAGGGUGACCCCCGGGUCCAGUGGUGGCAGAGUGACCCCCGGGUCGUGGUGCUGCCCCGGGUCCAGGGGGGGCAGGGAGACCCCCGGGUCUGGGUCGUGGUGCAGCCCGUUUCGAGGCAGGUCCUCGUCCAUCGUCGUGAGGUUUGAACGGGAGGAGGAGCAGCGUCAGGCCACACGUGUGGGAGAGAGCAGGAGUGACGGAGUGCCCCCCCGAGUCAGCAGCAGCCCCCCGGUCCGCAUCAUCUCAGUCCCAACACUUCACUGGGACACCGGGGCUCUGGGGAAGCCGUUAGUCACACGCGGAGCCGGGAGCGCGAGCAUGCUACAGACAAACGCGACGUUGACGUAGGAUCGAGACCAAUGCGGAAGCUGCGGCAUUUCUAUUCUGAUGGGGGCGGGGCUCCGGUUGCUAGGUAACGUCCACCGCGUGAGAGGAAACAAACAGACAGACAAACAGAUGAGGGAGAAGUCCUCCACGCGUCUCAAGGUAACGUCGAAGUCAACCUGGAAACAUUCAUACAAUAGCAACAUAUGGGCUCCAGGAAGGCAGUAGUGAAGAUGAGUGGGACGGCUCCCUGCGGCGCGCUGAACCAGCCGGCCCUGACCCUGAUGGCGAAGGAGCAGCAUUAUCUACGAAUGAAUGCAGAGUUGGAAGCCAAAACAGCUGCUGUAGUCAGACAGGCGGAGGAAGUGAUGAGGGAUCAAAAUUAUAUUUUGUCUAAACCAAUUCCCAAUAAUCUGGAUUGUGAUUUCGAGGAUCCCUCGAGUAUCACAACACCGAAAAAAACUUUUUUACAGCAGGAUGGGGUGAAGGCAGUGCGUAAGAUGGUCCCAACCACCUCCCCAAACACAGCAGAGGUAUGGAGAGACGGUGAAGACCUCAGGGCAGCAAGACCCAGGUCUGCUGUCGCUGCGGACCUGACCACUGAAGACCCCAGCCUGGAGACGACCAUCCUCCAUCUGGAGGAGAAGCUGGAGGGCUUCUGUCAGGAGGAGGUCGUGGAGGAAGCCCUUCCCACUGAAGACAGCAUAGGAUCAGAAGCUCAGAUCCGCGUUUUGAAGGCCAAACUACGAAUUAUGCAGGAGGAAUUGGAUCGGCUCUCACAUGAUUACAGCAAAAAGGACGAUGAGAACGGUAAGCUGUGCAGCAGAAUCAAAGAGCUGGAGGAGGAGCGUUCCCGCCUGCAGAAGACCGCCAACCUCCAGCAGACGCACAUGGAGAAGCACCGCGCUCUGGCUGAGGAGUCCGGCAGGAGGUGUGACGCUCUGCAGGCGCAGGUCGCGGGGUUACAGAAGGAGGUCGAGGGGUCGAAGAGGGCCCAGAAACAAGCAGCAGGACACCACAACACGGUGGAGGUCCGCCUGAACCGGGCGCUGGAGGAGGUGGAGAGACUGAAGGCCCAGCUGAACAACAUGAAACAGCUGAGUAAGGACAGAACUAAGGAGGUGCACCUGAGCAAAGAGAAUCUUCUGGCUGAGAACAAAGUGCUGAAGAAGCAGAGAGAAGAGCUCAUUCUGGCCUUCAAGAAGCAACUGAAGCUGAUCGACAUCCUGAAGAGACAGAAGAUGCACUUUGAAGCCGCCAAGAUGUUGUCCUUCACUGAAGAGGAGUUCAUGAAGGCCCUGGACUGGGGGAAGUCAUAGAGACCUUGUUUUAUUGGAUUCAGUCCAUGUGGCUCUCCUCGGUUCUUAUGGAUGAGACCAAUGUGUUGAAAAGGGACAAUACAGUUCCAUUUAAAAGUUGCAUUGAUCAUUGUCAUAAUGGAAGGUUUUUUUGUGUCUAAUUUAGUAAUCAUUAAAAU